GUUCUUAGCUGGUUCUGUAGUGCCGUUUGUACUUCCGGUUCACAGGCAGCAGUACAGAAAACAUGGCGUCCUCUUUGAAGAGCGGUCACACGCUGUUAGGAGCGUGUUGGAGACUCGGGUCAUGUUUACAGCCUGCGGUUACAAAACACACACGAUGUACAGUUCCUCACAUCACUUGCUGUCAGAGGAAGAAGAGCACGGCUGUUUCCAAGAGUUAUGUUCCGGAGACAUCGCUGUCCAGAUCGCCGUGGCCCGAAUUAGGACUGUACGACAAAGAGAAAGAAGAACAGGAGCAUCAAGCGGUCGUGGAGAAGGUGAACAGUCUGCUGCAGAAGCAAGAGUACGGCCGUCUGUUUGCGGUCGUUCACUUUGCCAGCCGUCAGUGGAAAGUGACCAGUGAAGAUCUGAUCCAGAUUGAGAACCACAUCGAGGCAGAAUGUGGAGAUCACAUCCUGCUGGAGAAGGUGCUGUUGGUGGGAGGAGAAAACUUCACGCUCAUUGGGAAGCCUCUUCUCAGGCGUGAUCUGGUCCGAGUCGAGGCCACCGUGGUGGAGAAGACCGAGUCCUGGCCGAUGGUACACAUGGCGUUCUGGAAGAGACACCGUUUUCAGAAAAAGAGAAUUAUCAUACAGCCGCAGACUGUGCUUCGGAUCAACACCAUCGAGAUGUCACCCACGCUCUUCUGACCCGGUCUUCUCCUUCUCAUUAUUAUUCAUCUGUUCAUCGUAUCUGAGUGUAAUGAAGCUUGAACCUGUGUCAUUCAUUUGUAAGAUCUGUCAUUUCAUUUAAUAAAAGUCCUGCACUGGCA